AUGGGCGCCUUUUUGGACAAGCCGAAAACACAGAAGACAAAUUUUUCUGGCGAUGGCAAGGAUAUCACCUAUGCCGGCGCAAGUAUGCAGGGAUGGCGAAUUGAUAUGGAAGAUGCUCAUGUUGUGGAGAUUUCAAUGGGUACCCAGGCACCGUUCAAGGAAUGGGCCUUUUUCGCCGUUUUCGACGGGCAUGCGGGUUGUGUAGCGGCCGAACAGUCAGCAGAGCACAUCUUGAAGACUCUAUUGGAGACGAAGGAGUUCAUGGAGGUGGUGUCGAUUGUUGGCGAGAACGGUGGCAAGCUGAACGAGAAGGCGACGGGGCUGCUGGAGCAGGGAAUGAAGACGGGUUUCCUGACCCUCGACCAGAUCAUCAAGGAGCGUCUGGCGAUGCGGGACACGGACCGCUCGGGAUGCACGGCUGUCUGUGCCAUUCUGACGCCUACUCACAUCAUCAUUGCCAACCUGGGCGACUCGCGUGCCGUGCUAUCCCGUGCCGGCGAGGCCUCGUUCGGCACCGAGGACCACAAGCCGUACCUAGACAAAGAACGAAACCGCAUCGUUGAAGCCGGUGGAUCUGUGAUGAUCCAGCGUAUCAAUGGCAGCCUGGCCGUAUCUCGUGCACUCGGUGACUUUGACUACAAGUCGGUCCCCGGGCUUUGCCCCACCAAACAACUCGUCAGCUGCGAGCCCGACAUCUAUGUGCUCGAGCGAAAAACGGUCGAGCAAUUCCUUGUCCUCGCCUGCGACGGCAUCUAUGACGUGAUGGAGAACGAGGAGCUGUGCAACUUUGUGCAAGGCCGGCUCCAAGUCUCGGACGAUCUUGUCGAUGUGUGCAACCAGGUUCUCGACUCUUGUCUGCACCGUGGCUCUCGCGACAACAUGACAAUUAUCUUGAUCCGGUUCCCAAAUGCUCCGAAGGUGGACGAGGAAAAGCGCGCCAUCGAAGAGGCGUGGGCCGCGGCGACGAAGGAGAAAAUUGAAGAAAUUCUCAAGGAGGAACUGCAGUCGGCAAAAGAGAUGAAGGAGGAGCCGGUGUCAAUUUCUUGGGUGAUUCGUCGCCUGGCAGCCCGAGGGGAAGACAUUGAAAAUGGAUUGGCUCCUCAUCGUCUUCGCGCCAUAUCGGCUCAGGUGUUGGCGGAGCAGAACAUGCCGUGCGAUCAC